CCACGAAAUUAGGGUUCUUGAGCGAGCUAUGGCUGCGCGCCCCAAGGAGCCCUCCACGGCGCCCCAGGCCGAGCACUGGUAUCCUCUACAGCUUGGAUCCAGCCUCAAGGAUCCGUCCAAGCGCUUCUACUUCCUGCGCUAUGAAUUCAAGCCUGCUUCGAUCGAUACGAGCCGGCCAGGGUCGCUCCACAAAGACAAGGGCGCCGAGGUGACUGUGGAGCUCUCAAACAAUCAGCCAGGGAAGCCCAAGGUCGCGUUUCAAGGUAUUAGCGAGGACUGCAAAGACUCCGAUGCUAUCUUGUUCUUUGAUGGAAGGACUUUCAGAUUAGAAAGGCUCCACAGGGCAGUGAAGAGCCUCAGGCAUCUCCGGUUGCCUGGCGAGUCUGCGGCCUCCUCCUCCUCGGCUCUCGCAGCUCCGGACAAUCGAUCGCCUUUGCAUCUGAAUGGAACGAGCAGUGCUAGCGCCGGAGACGAUGCCAACGUCUAUAGAGGCCCUCGGGAACACAUCGAAGAGAUUGUCAUUGGUGGCCAGCCCGAGGCCGCAGCGAGCAACAAGAAAAACGAGAAGAAAGCUGCUGGGAGCAAAGGAAAAUCGAAAGCCGCAGCGCCAUCUCCUCCGCCGAAGCGAUCACACGCGGAUGAGUUCUCGCCGGUGGACAUGGAAGACGAUGCUGCUGCGGACGCGAAGAAGCUCAAGCCGAGCGGUGGUGUUCUAGCCAACAACGUCGAGCACAUCGACGUGAGCAACAACAUGGAGGAGGGCAUGGCGGAGCACGAGAGUGACUACGAGCUCGAGGACGUGGAUGUGAGCGAGGACGAGGACGGGCAGCUCAACUCCAAGCCGCCGCCGCUCUCGAUCGAGAGCCAUCCUGCUGUGCCGGAUCAUCCAGAGUCCAAGGCAAGCUCCAGCGAGAGUGGAAGCAGCAGCAGCUCCGAGGGUGGAAGCGGAAGCAGCAGUGGCAGCGAUGGCAGUGACGAUGAAUCGGCGAGCUUGCUAGAGAUUUGAUCAUCAUCCGGGCUCCAAAGAAGAACUCUCUCAAGGGAGAACUAAGAAGAAGUGGCACGAACAAAGGUAUCUAUAGAAACGCACUAUGACCAUGAGCGUUAUCUCCAAAUUUCUAUCUUCCAUCUCUGAGACCUACACUUGAAUAAAAGGUGAAAUAUGUUGCCAUGCG